UCAGCGGCGGUUGAAGGAAAAUGAAAUCGGCCAUGUCGUGGUAGAGAUCUGUCCUGCAUCCAGCGAGGCUUAAUCACGGCUUAAUUAAUCUUUUUCUCAUGUAAUGUAGACUUAGAACCACAGCUCUGAUAAUUACAACAUCUAAACCUCUCGUUUGACAGAAAAAAAUCCAGUCAAAUAUCGUGAAAAACCAGAUAUUCCAACAUGAGCGGAGGAGGAACGCCGUACAUUGGGAGCAAAAUUAGCUUAAUCUCCAAGGCCGGGAUCCGCUAUGAAGGAAUUUUGUACACCAUUGAUACGGAGAACUCGACCGUAGCUCUUGCUAAAGUGCGCUCUUUUGGCACUGAGGACCGGCCCACUGACAGGCCUAUUCCUCCUCGAGAUGAAGUGUUUGAGUACAUCAUCUUCAGAGGGAGUGACAUAAAGGACCUGACAGUCUGUGAGCCGCCCAAAGCCACUAGCUCCCUGCCUCAGGACCCUGCUAUAGUUCAAUCGUCGCUUGGGUCCGCCAAUGUUGCCCCGCCGCCCUCCUUCCAGGCCCCGGGGCCCUACGCUCCGCUCAGCAAGGCCCCUCCUGCCCCCUACAGCCAGUUUGGAGUCACCCCCCUGGCAUCUCAGCCGUUUGGAUCUGCUGGAGGACGCGCCAGUCCCGAACUGGACUCGUUGAAAAAACGUCCCAUCCUGGAGCAGGCAGUGCAGCCCCCCCCCUCUUCUGCUCCCGCCCCCCCUGCUCCUGUGGGUCAGAGGCCUCAGCCCAUUGCGGCCCCCCGACCCACCAGCAGCAGCGCAGGCAUCCAGAAGCCCCCCGACCUCCUGGAGCAGAGACGCGCUCCUGAGGUUCAGACGGUGUCUCAGCCUGAGCAUGAACACGGUGCGAUGGAGAACCGAGACCCCAACAAGCGCUACAAUGCUGGUCUGCAGUCUAACCGCCGUGGGCGCGGCAGAGGGAACCGCAGCAGAGGCCGAGUGAACGUACGUCGGGACGGUGCCAUGAAGUUUGAAGAAGACUUCGACUUUGAGACCGCCAACGCUCAGUUCAACAAGGAUGAGAUCGACAAAGAGCUGCAGAACAAACUCAAACUGAAAGAUGACAAGAUUGAGAAGUCUCUGAAUGGAGAGGAAGCUGCAGAGUCAGCAGAACAUCCGGCCAGCGAGGGCACCACCGCCGCCAGCACCACAACCACCACCACCACCACCAACGAAGAUGACGAGGCUACGUCCAACACUUACUACGACAAGACCAAGUCCUUCUUCGAUAACCUGGGUGCUGACGAUUUAAGUAAAGGGGGCGAUCGAGGCUUCUCAAGCCAGCGGAGGAAUACCUGGGCGGAGGAGCGGCGGAUGAACUCUGAGACGUUCGGCAUCCCUCUGAGACACAACCGAGGACGAGGAGGUUUCCGCGGGCGAGGCUUCAUGGGGCCCCGCGGCGGCAGAGGGCGGCCCCUCAGCCGAGGCUCCUUCGCGCCCCCGAGAGGACCCCCCCCGGGCUUCAGAGGCGCGUUCAGGGGCGGCAGAGGAGGCCGGGAUUUCUCUGACUUCGAAUACAGGAAGGACAACAAAGUGGCUGCGUAGGACCACACCCCAUUUGAAAAAGUGUAUCCCUUCAUCAUGAUUCUGUUGAAAAAUAUUCUUUGGUCUCAACAUUUGACGGAGAGAAUGAAGACAUCCAGUCAGCCACCAGCAGCGAGGUGGACUGCGUUACAUCGGGGGGGGGGGGGGGUGAGAGUGCAGCUCCCUGUUCUCCACUUUGAGAAUUAGGCUUAUCUUUUUGUUUUUAUUAUUUUCAGCCCAGACGUAUUGUUUUGAAAGCAGCAGCCGGACGACAGCGUGUGAAGACCUUGCUUUGAGUCUGUUUCUGCACCGAUGGGCGUUUCUUACAGACGAUCGCGAGUCAUGUGAUUGAUAGCUUUAUUAUUUUUACUUAAUUUUCCCAUCUUGUCGUGUACGUUGGCACCAAAAUUCACUGCAUUGCCUGUCGCACCGCGGUUUCUUUCUGCCCCGACUUACUUCGUUCGGUCGCCAUGAAUUCAGUAUUUUUUUUUUUUUUUUAAACAUCCAUUAUUUCGAAGUGAAAUCAAAGCCAACUUAAAAAUAAAUAAAAAAAUCUGAAGUGAAUAUUGUGAUGAAUGUAUGUCUGAGGCUCAUAUUCUACCCCGACAAAUUGUGGCUCGCCCUCCAGACUCUCUCGUUGUUUUAUUUUAGAAAUGUUCCUUCAGUAUUUAGCGUUGCGUAGAUCAUACUGUGACCCCUCGACCCUCCAGGUGAAUAAUGUCUGCUUCAUGUUAACGGUGGCCCCCUUAAUGCAAGCAAUCGGUAGGAUCAAUGGGGUCUAGCUUUAGUAAGCAUUCGUAGUCUUUUUUCUUUUGACCGGAUCUGUCUUUUUUUUAUAUGUAUAGUUGACGAAACAAAGCAUUCCCAUGAUUUGUGUCUGUGAAAAGAGGAACAUCCGAUACUAUAAAUGCCUUUAGAAGUUCUUAGGAGACAGAAAUAAUUGCGUUAAUUCAGAUUUAAACCUGCAGAAAGACCUUACAACGAGUCAGAUUUGGGAAGAAAUGCUCCGCUACGUUGCCAAAUAAAGCAUUUAAUUGAGAGAUGAUCAUUAUUAGACGAAACGUAUCGAGCCAUCUCUUAAGGCAUGUCCCCUUUUUCUGUUAUCGGCUUCCUUUGAAUUCUCUUUAGAGUCGUGUCACCUGCUGUUAUUUCUCUGCAAAAUGGAUCAUUUACUAAAAAUGGGAAACCUUGUCUGUGAUUUGAACGAUGUCUCGAAAACGUAUCUGUUCUGCCCUUCUUUGGUUUUGUUUGUAGCUCCUCUUGUUGCAUUGUUGUCAAUGGCAUUGUUCUCUGGAGUGAUUUCUGUUUUUUACACACUUGUGAACAAAGGGACGUGACCUGGAUGUGGGUGCCAGUCGAUUGGGAGGGGGAGGGGGGGGGGGGAUAUAAUAAUAAUAUUUCUGGCUCUGAUUCGUUAGUACUUAGGGAGUGCCUUCACGGUGGUGGAUUUUUACAGCUCUCCCUUUAACUUAAAAGUCAACAAACGUAUUGAUAGCACUACAAGGCGAGGCUAGAUCCUUCUCAGUAGCUGUGGUUUGAAACUAAACGGCCUGUUUGAAAAUAUUAAACUGUGCUUUUUGACUGGAUAUAUAUUCCUGCUGAUCACUGCAUGACGGCCGUAGAAACCAUCACUUCACACGGGGCUUUCGCAAUAACCAGCAAGAUUGAAUUUGAGAUAGAAAAAGUAUUAAAAACUGACAUGUUUUCAUAUGUUUGUUACUCCUUCCAGUCACUGGAAUUGUGAACCAGGAAUUGUUUUCAUGAGAAUAUCAGCAAAUUCAGUUUUUACGUAAAAUAAAGAGUUGUACAAUA